AUGGUGGCUGGAGUGCCUCAGAUUGAAAGCCCAUUCAGAGAGUGUGUAUUCACCAAAUUUCAUCAACACGUCCUCGCCUUGGCUUUUGCUGUGAAGGAGAUCAAUGAGGACUCCCAGAUCUUACCUAAUGUCACUCUUGGGUUCCACAUCUAUGACAGUUACUACAAUCCAAGGAUGACCUAUCGCACCACUCUGGACCUACUUUUCAACUCCCAGGAAUUUGUCCCUAACUACAAGUGUGAUAGCAAGAAGAAUCUCAUGGCUAUCAUUGGGGGACUGGAUUUUGUUACAUCAUCUCGUAUUGCUGAAAUUACGGGGUUCUUCAAAAUUCCUCAAAAGGGGAUUGAGGGGAAUCAGUUCUGCUGCUAUGACUGUGUUCCCUGCCCAGAAGGGAAGAUUUCAAAUCAAAAUGAUAUGGAUGACUGUUUUCAAUGUUCAGAAGAUCAUUAUCCAAAUAAAGAAAAGAAAGACUGUAUCCUGAAACUGGUGGUGUUUCUAACUUUGGAAGAAACCUUAGGAAUAAGUUUCACCUCAGCAGCUCUUGGUUUCUUCUUCCUGACAUCUUGGGUACUUGGAACUUUUAUUAACUACAGGGAUACUCCCAUUGUCAAAGCCAAUAACAGGUUCCUCACCUACACCCUGCUUGUCUCUCUUCAGCUCUGUUUUCUCUCCUCUUUCCUCUUUCUCAGCCAGCCUGGCGAAGUAAUCUGCCUUCUCCGACAAUCAAUGUUUGGCGUCACUUUCUCAGUGGCCAUUUCUAGUGUACUGGCCAAAACCAUCACUGUGGUUGUGGCUUUCAUGGCCACAAAACCAGGAUCUCAGAUGAGGAGAUGGGUGGGGAAAAGAUUGGCUUUUUGUAUUUUCCUUUCUUGCUCUCUAUUACAAGUAUGUAUCUGUAUUCUUUGGUUGUCAGCCUCUCCCCCAUUCCCUGAGUUGGACAUGCAUUCAGAGCAACAAGAAAUGAUUUUUCAGUGCAGUGAGGGGUCAGCUUUCUUCUUCUACUGUGUCUUGGGCUAUAUGGGUAUCUUGGCCAUUGCCAGCUUUAUUGUGGCUUUCCGUGCCCGGAAAUUACCUGACAGCUUUAAUGAAGCCAAGUUCAUCACCUUCAGCAUGUUGGCCUUUUGCAGUGUGUGGAUCUCCUUCUUUCCAGCCUAUCUGAGCACAAAAGGCAAAGCCAUGGUAGCUGUGGAGGUCUUCUCCAUCUUGGCCUCCAGUGCUGCAUUACUGGGAUGCAUAUUCUUGCCAAAGUGCUACAUCAUUGUUUUGCGACCUGACCUCAACCACAGGGAGCAACUCAUAAAGAGGAGUUAG